AUGCCGCCGAAAUCUACGAUAUCACUUAGGUAGGCACUCAUUUUUGUCUCUGUAUGAUAAAUAAAGAAAAGUAACAGAAGACGCAUUGAAAGAAAUUGACUCUGAUGGCAGUGGAACCAUCAGUGUCGAGGAACUUGCUGCAUUCAUGGCAGGAAUGAUGGAGAACUUAUCACUGGAGGACGCUAAAAAGGCCAUGAAGGAUUUAGAUAAGGACGGGAGUGGAGAGCUUGAUGUUAAUGAACUCGAGAACAUUAUCCGUACUGUAAUGGAGCAAGCUCUUGGGGACGACUAUCAUAAUCGUGUCGUCCCUUGA